AUGGAGAGCACUGCGACCCUUGCCAGCGGUGUGCCGCAGACUGAACAGACAGCUGCUGCUUCGCGGCCUGCCAGCGUCGAAGGCUCCUUGCUCCCUGUUGCCGCCGAUACCACCAACAGCGCCAGCAAUAUUGCCCACUCUUCUGCAGAGCUGAACAAGGCGAUCCCCCUCCAAGAGUCGUACAGUCCGUGGGACAUGCCACCCAUUAUCCACCCCGUCUCGUCCAGCGCAGAGUCCAAAGCCAAUACCGGUGGCCUCAAAGGUUUCUCCAACACCAACACCACAUGGCCCCUCUUCCGAUCCAAGCCUCACCCAACAAUAUCUGUCCCUAUAACGCCAGCUAGCCACUCCAGGUCCAACUUUGACAUGGCAGCACCAUCGACACCUCCCCGGAAUUCAGCCUAUUCUAACGCUGAUGACUCUGAUAAUGCAAUGUGUACCCCGACAUUUGGCUCCGGCAGCUACUCGCGCAGGAAUAGUGCUAUCAGCGUCAUGGCCCUUGACACGCCGCCUCCGUUGUCUUUAAUGGACCUCGAGUCGUCCUCCUCCCAUUCUGGGUCAAGCUUUGGGUCUGUAGCUGGUCUGGGCUCUGGCAGCCAAGGACCGUUGACUCGGUCCUCUGAAGGCGGCUUUAGCGGAUAUCCCUUCCCCCUAUUCAGCAUGAGGGGCGAUAUCUCUCACACAUUGUCACGACGCAGCUCUAGGGCCAAUAGUGUUUCAAUGGAGUCUCGACACGUUAGGAAACCGUCAGAGGAUACCAAUAUGAGCGACGGUGGCAACAAUUCUGGAAGCGAACGCAGUCGAAGACAUUCGCCAGCCGUUGUUCCGUUUGAGAGAAGUGUGCGGCGGUCAGCCCUCCUACCUAAACCCAAAGGCCUACUCAAAGUGUUUUCUCAACUCGAGGAGGAAGCUCAUCAUAAUCGCCACGAGUAUGACCACGAGCGCGAGACGACUCAAGCCACUGUACCUCGCCAUGGGACUCCUCCGCUUCAUUUGUUGGGCAACAUGCGUCGGCCGUCAACAUCCCGCUUGAAUCCCGAACAAGAGCUACACGACUUUCAACGACAACAGGAAGAGUUUAACAAGAUAUACCAGCUGCAACAACUGCAGCAACUUUCGCAGACGACAGCUCAUGCAGAGACUCAACCCCACCCUCACCCUUUGCAGGCAAUGCUACCAGUCCAGGAAUCACAGAACGUGGAGGGUCCUGCUCAUCCAUCAUAUCUAGCCCAGUACACGUCCAUGACAUCCUCGCCAUCUUCGCCACUGCUGGCACCAAUGUCGACGCGUUCAAAGCGCAAGUCUUCGACCUGUGAGGAGCGAUUCGAUCCAUACCACAGUAUCCAUCUCAAACGGAGGGCAGUGUCGCCGUCUAUAGGACCACUUGUCAGCCAUCGGAGGAGCCCUUCGAGUUCACCCGCUCGUCACUUGACAGGACACUCUCGAUCCAAGAUUGCCUCACUUCCGUCACCCUCAGGCACCGGAUCGUUCUUUAGACAUGGGCAUGGACCCUUUGGAGUGGUUGCUCCUGGAAUGCACGGUGGAGUCCAUCCGACCGGCAACGCGCACGGAUCGACCACGACGGGGGAUAGUAUCGCUGGGAACGGGCUGCCUUCAAACAAUAGCAGCAGCGCAAUAUCCACUACGCUCAACCUUCAACAUACUUCACGCUCGUUCUCCGAACUCUCGUUGGGCAUGACCAAGAACCAACAAGCAUAG